ACUUAAGGUCGCUCCUGUCGGCGCUCUCGUUAUAAGUAGCACCAAUUUCCAAGCAAUAAAAAACUAUUAGUAAAAUGGGUCUCCUACUAACCAUUCUAAUUAUUCUCUCAGCAUCAGUAGCCGCUUUAAAACUUUACAUUAAAAUAAUCACUCGAAGAUGUAAAAGUCACGUUUGUCUGGUCGGUAAAACCGCCAUAGUUACCGGAUCGAAUUGCGGAAUUGGUUACGAGACGGCGCUCGACUUCGCUCAACGAGGCGCAAAAGUAAUUUUAGCUUGCAGGAACAAACAAAAGGCGGAAGAGGCUCGCAAAAAAAUAAUAGACGAAACCGACAAUGACAACAUUAUUGUCCGAAUUAUCGACAUGGCGUCUUUUGACUCAGUCAGAGCUUUUGCAAAGCAAAUCAACGAGACGGAAGAUCGAAUUGACAUUUUGGUCAACAAUGCCGGUGCUGUUGAACUCGAGCACAAAAGAACUGCGGAUGGGCGUGCUCUAUUGAUGCAAGUUAAUUAUCUGUCCAGUUUCCUUUUGACGAAUCUGCUUUUAGAUUUAUUAAAGAAAUCUGCACCCAGUCGUAUUGUCAACGUGUCGUCUAUAGGUGCAAAGAUGGCCUCUAAUUUUGAUCCAGACAAUAUUGACGAUUUUGUUUUUCAUAGUAGGGACUACCAACAUUCAAAAUUAUGCAAUAUUUUGUUUACGAUAGAGUUGGCAAAAAGGCUGGAAGGGAGCGAUGUGACGACCUACUCUCUGCAUCCAGGUUUUGUAGGAACAGAAAUUUUUCAUAAUUUUCGUGGUGUUAAGAAAGUGGUGGUUAACAGUCUGGCGAAGUUGUUUUCCAUUACGUGCGAAGAAGGUGCCCAAACUACUAUUUAUUGCUCGGUAGCUAAAGGAAUCGAGAAGGAUAGUGGAGAGCAUUUUGAUUGUUGUAGAAAAGUGAAACCGUACAAAAACGCAGCGGAUCCAGAACUAGCUAGGAAACUUUGGAAGAAGACUGUAGAACUCGUAGGACUAAAACCUGAAGACAAACUACUUUAAGUUUAAAAAAUGAAAAAUUUGGUCGAAGAUUACUUCGACAGAACUUCCCUCGCCCUUAAAGUACAGCUUGUCAAAUCCAGCUCGUUCGAAAAAUUAAAAGAUUUGAUUUUGCGAA